AUGACGAUCAAGAACCUACGGCUUGGGGUGGCCAUUGGCCAUGGGACUGGCCGGGAGCUUACUGUAGUGUUUAAGAAAGUGAUUCAAGAGUUGGCACGCCCGCAUUCUCUACAGGUUGACUUUAUUGAAUCAUCCCGGAUAUACCAUUCUUAUCAUAGCCUCACGACGUCUAGCGGAGAGAAAGAUCUGAUCCAGCACAUCGCCGACGAGACCACCCAGGAUGCAGAAGAGUAUCGCAAGUUCUGCGAGACAGCGACAGCCAACGGGAUCGCUGCAAUCUUCCGCACAGCAAUCCACGCGCAGUCUCUCUACCUAGUUAGGGAUCAGCUAAAAGCCGUGAAGAUUGAACAUUUUAACCUGGGCAACUCAAAUGCGUUGCUCUUCAUUCGAGAUGAAGCGCAGGGCUUCUACGCUGGGGAGAAUGAAUAUUGCAAUGGCCGGUAUAGCAUCACACGCACUAGCGCUUUCACCCGUUCCACCUUUGAUCAGAUCUUUGAAUAUGCUCUGGAACGAGCCAAGGAGGAGUGGGGUGUGGCAAAUGUCCCCAAGGCAGUUACACUGGUCUACAAGUUCCACCUGUUCGAUGGUGUCUUCCAGGCCUGGGCACCCCACUGGCAGCGUCGUUUCGGAAUAGAACUUGACUUCAUCCAGCCCGAUACAAUGAAUCGGAACCUGAUGGCCUCGGGAAUCCAAGGCCGCCGCAUUAUCAUUGCGGGCAACGAAUACGCAGACAUUAUCCAGCCUGUUUUCUUGAGAUGGUUCAGUAAUGCCACCAUCGAAACUAUGUGCGCGGAGAAUGUGUACUUGUGUCCUCGUCUGUAUCGUCUCACAGAGUACCAGACGGUGCAUGGAUCUGCCGAUGCUAUCACCGGGCAGGGUCUGGUCAAUCCGUUUGCCACGAUUCGCGCUGCGGCUGCCAUUUUAGAGCGACACGGAGGAUGCCCUGGUGUGGGCUUUCAAAAACAGACGGAGAGAGCCAUACAAACCCUGUUAAUGAAGAAGCUGACAACACCGGAUCAAGGUGGCUCUUGCAGCACGGAUGUAGUUGUUGGGCACUUCCUGCGCGCGAUUGCUGACCCUCUCGCUCUUGACAAGCCGUCUAUUCGGGGUGAUAUAGCCACAGGGCCGGUCGAUCCCGUGGUGGGCAAGAAGAUCGCUGUGGUAGUGGUGGACUACCAGAAUGACUUUAUCUCAAGCACGCCUAGCCACGUGGUUUCCGAACUAUCCAACACAAUGCCGCGGCUUUCAUAUUCGUGCGCUUCCUGGGCAACUCCAGUUAUCAAGGGCCUAGUUGGCAGUAUCGGAAUGCACUGCUCGGAAAACCAGAGAAAUGCGUCGAGGGCACCUGGGAAAGAAGAAUCAACCGUCCGGUCCCUAGCAAAUAAUAUCAAACAAACGCACCCUAAAGCAUCUCUCCGCCUAGCCCUGACAGUGCCCGGUAUCCUUCAUGUUGAGAAGUCUCCCUCCCAGAUCGACGCACAUGCGGCCCUCGAAUCUCUCAAAGUAAACACCCUUGGCCCAAUGCUCCUUAUGAAAUAUCUGACUCCCUUCCUACCCACACGCUCGUCGCCUGACUUUGAACCUUGUGACGGCGAGCUGGAGCUGCCCAAGCAUGCAAUCUACGCUAUGAUGGCCGCACGUGUGGGCUCAGUUUCCGAUAACAGAAUGGGAGGCUGGUAUAGUUACCGGGCGAGUAAGGCGGCUGUUUUCCAAUUGGCGAAGACGUUGGAUUUAUACUUGGGUGGGAAUUGUCGGGAUCGCGCGAUCAGUUUGGCUCUGCAUCCUGGGACAGUGAAGACGGAUUUUACAAAGAGCUAUCAAGACGGAAGGGAGAUGUUGAGCGCAGAAGAGUCGGCGGAGAGGUUGUUGGGUGUGCUUUGUAGCCUGGGGUUAGAGGGAAGAGGCAAAUGUUGGGAUUGGAAGGGAGAUGAGAUUUGUCCGUGA